CUUAAUAAUUCUGAAUGUAAACGUCAGAGAUUUGUUCUGUAGUAAACGUGGUGGUCAAGCAGAAGAUGGAAUAAGAAUCAUACAGCUGUUUGCAAAAAUGAGUCAAGCACCUAGCAAUUUAGCAUCGUUGUUUGCCGAAUUAAAUCGAUCGGGACAAAAUGGCGAAUACGAUCGAGCUUUGAAAACUGUAAACAAAAUUCUUCAAGAAGUUCCAGAUGAUGAUAAAGCUCUUCAUUGCAAAGUUGUGUGUUUAAUUCAUUUGUCAGAUUUUGAAAAUGCUUAUAACAUAUUGGAAAAGCAUUCUACACUUAGUGAGCUACAAUUUGAAAAGGCCUACUGUUUAUAUCGAUUGAAUAGAAUUCAAGAAGCUUGGUCUAUUUUACAAAAUUCAUCACAAAGCAAUGAUAAAUUAAAAGAACUUUCUGCUCAAGUGGCGAUGGACCCAUCUUGGCGAAUAACAGUUGCAGAUUCUCUUUUGAAUGUGACAGAAUAUCCAUGUUCUGUAAUUUUAGAUACAGAUAUCAAGUUGUUUCUCAAAUCUGGAACAGCUAUCACGUCUUGUAGCUUAAUUGUAUUUUUGGUGUUGUUGACACGCACGCUUAUAUUAAUUGUUCCAGUUCCAACGGAUCUUAAUGCAUCUUUUCCUGCAGUUUGUUUCGGUAUGUCGUCUCUGGACUCGAUGGCAAUUCGAAAUGUCUCGUAUUCAUCGAGCAAUGAAUUUAGUAACAUUAUAGAUAAACUUUGUAAAAAAUCCCUUGAAGAUGAUGAUGUACCAGAAGAAGAAAUUGAGUCAGAACUUGGAGUUAUUCGGACUCAAAUGGGAUAUGCUUUGCAAAUGAAAGGAAAAGUAGAUCAGGCUUUAAAAUUGUAUAAUCAAGUAUUAAAACAAAGACCCACUGAUAUUGCUCUUGCUGCUGUGGCUUCUAAUAAUGUUGUAACAAUAAACAAAGAUCAAAAUGUUUUUGAUUCAAAAAAGAAAAUGAAGACAGCCACAUUAGAUGGUUUAGAGUAUAAACUGAAUUCCAGUCAAUGCCAUACAAUCGCAAUUAAUCAUUGUCUGUUGCUUCUUCAUACAAAUCAACUAGAACAGUGUAAACGACAACUCCAGCUUUUAGAAAAGAACUUUAAACAGAAAUCAGUAGAUGCUACACUUAUACAUGUUGCCUUAUUAUGUCGUGAAAAACAGGUUCACAAGGCAGUUGCUCUUUUAAAAGAUUUUGCUGCCACUAAUCCAGAACAAUCCUUGACAAUAUCAUUCACUUUGGCACAAUUGCUACUGACUCAGGGCCAUGUCAGUCAGGCUUGUGACAUACUACGUUCUCUGGGUGAAAUUUCUCAUAAACCUGGAGUGGUGUCAGCAUUAGUCACAUUAUAUUUAAGCCUGGAAGAUAGAGAUACUGCUAUUAAUGUUUUCAAAGAAUCUAUUAAUUGGUACAAGAAAAAUAAUUUACAGAGCCAAGAAAUGACUAUUUUAAGUCAACAAUAUGCUGAAUUUUUAUUAAAGUGUGGACAACCAGAAGGAGCAGCAAUGUUGUUAGAAGAAAUGAGAAAGUAUGUUUCUUUUAAUAGAAAAUUACCAAAAUCAUAUGAUCCAAAUGUUGAUCCAGAUCCAGAACGGUGGCUUCCAAAACGAGAACGGGCAGCAUUCAAACGCCGCAAAGACAGGAGGGGAGGAGGUGUUGGUAAAGGUACUCAGGGAACUGUUGCUGGAAGUGGUGAUAUGGAUCUUUCCAAACCCGUGGUUACAACACGUACUACCACCACUACUACCACAACACCUACUGUACCAGUUUCUCCUAAUCCUCAUGGACCACGCCAACAAAGACCACAACCUGUUCAGAAGAAAAAGAAGAAAAAAGUAAUGCAGGAUUUUGCUGCCACUAAUCCAGAACAAUCCUUGACAAUAUCAUUCACUUUGGCACAAUUGCUACUGACUCAGGGCCAUGUCAGUCAGGCUUGUGACAUACUACGUUCUCUGGGUGAAAUUUCUCAUAAACCUGGAGUGGUGUCAGCAUUAGUCACAUUAUAUUUAAGCCUGGAAGAUAGAGAUACUGCUAUUAAUGUUUUCAAAGAAUCUAUUAAUUGGUACAAGAAAAAUAAUUUACAGAGCCAAGAAAUGACUAUUUUAAGUCAACAAUAUGCUGAAUUUUUAUUAAAGUGUGGACAACCAGAAGGAGCAGCAAUGUUGUUAGAAGAAAUGAGAAAGUCAGAUCCUCAUAAUGCUAAGAUUUUAGCUCGUUUAAUUUCAGCUUAUUCUCAGUUUGAUCCCAUUAAAGCAAAAGAAGUUAGUCAUGAAUUGCCAUCAUUGGGUGAUGUGUCUGAUUCAGUUUCUGUUGACAAUUUAGAGACAACCAGCUGGAGUAUGGGUACAAAAUAUGUAAAAAAAUCUGGUAAAAGUGAACCUUCACCAACAGUAAAGACAACUGCAGCAGAAGGUUUAGUUAAGAAGAAAAGGAAAAAGAAAAAAGGAAAAUUACCAAAAUCAUAUGAUCCAAAUGUUGAUCCAGAUCCAGAACGGUGGCUUCCAAAACGAGAACGGGCAGCAUUCAAACGCCGCAAAGACAGGAGGGGAGGAGGUGUUGGUAAAGGUACUCAGGGAACUGUUGCUGGAAGUGGUGAUAUGGAUCUUUCCAAACCCGUGGUUACAACACGUACUACCACCACUACUACCACAACACCUACUGUACCAGUUUCUCCUAAUCCUCAUGGACCACGCCAACAAAGACCACAACCUGUUCAGAAGAAAAAGAAGAAAAAAGGUCGUUGGUAAAAAGAAAACAAAUUAAAUAUAUCUUGAAGUGUAAAUCCAUUGUUCUAUUAAAAUAAUUUUUAACACAAAA